AACGCGUUCAGGCCCAUGCUGGCGUUCCGCAGCCGGGUGUAGUUGGAAGCAUGCGGGAACAGAUGUCGGAUCCACGGGAUCAAGCUUAAGACAGUUCCGUAGUCGUCGCCGUGACGUAGGAACGCCAGUUCUUGUGACUAUCAGCAGAGGCGUUCAAAGAUCCCACCCCCGCAAUCAUGGACGAAGGCACCCUCAUCUGCGAGCGAGCCACCAGUGCCAUCAAGUGCUGCAAACUUCCCCGGCUAACGCGUAGUCUGGACGAGGGCCAACUCCGUCCGGAAAGCUUCCGGGAAUUCCACGCUGUUUUAAACGAUACACUUCCAAAAGUAUUCGACCUGCUUGCAUCCUACGAGAACCAACUAGUUUGCUACGACGAGUUCAAUGCGGACAACACUGAAUUCCGGUUGAAUUUGGUGCUCGUCUUGGCUGAACAGCUUGCCGUUCCGGGCGAAAUUUACGACUUUCAGACGGAAAAUGUGUCCUAUCGGCAGCGAAUUGAGCAGAUUUUUGCCGGUGGGCUGUUGGAGCGAAUUCUGCUCGAGGACGGAGGUUGCCGGUUGCGGGAACAACUGUGGGAACACUUCCGUAAGAUUCUACCGGGAAAUGAGUGGAUGUUCCAUCCGGGUGAUGUCGUCAGCUUUGUGCGGCUUUGUGAGUUUCUGUACGGAGGCUUCCUAGAGCAAGCUCAGGAAUUUCCCCAGGCUUUGGCUUCGUUCGUCCUAGCCAUAGGAAUCGCUCUAGCAGAAUAUCACGAUCCAGAGUAUGAAUUGCUUGGGGUGAGGUUGUUCAAUGUGCUGCUGGGGUCGCAACAUUGCGCUCUUAUGAAGGAGACCAACAUUCACGAGGUAGUGUAUCAGCACGCCUUCCGGUUGACAGUAAAGGCGAAAGGAGAACGCCUUGUUCGGGAAUUAUGGCGCUGCCACUACCAGUACGUGCAGUUGGCGGAAGUAGGACGCAAAGAUCUCAGCGAGUGGUCCAAAAUGGACGACCUCGUAGAGUCCUUGCUGGACGCCCUUUCCUUCGAGCAAAACCUAGAACUGUCCUCGAUCUUUCUACUGUAUCUACUGAAGUUCCUAACCCUCGACAUGAAAAACAUUCUAAUCGACGACCUUGACGACGUUCAGGCCGUCGACAGCAAGUGCCACCUGUACGAACCGGUCCUGGAGCAGUUACGCAAGCUGUGCGCCCUGGAGUUCCACAACCGGCGGUUCUACCGGUGGAACCGACGUCUAGUUGCCAUGCUACCGUUCGAGCUGGAGAAAGCCUGCGGCAACGAUCGCAUCCACGGCAAGUACAUGCACGGCGUCAACCUGCUGUUUGUCCUCACCGUGUUUCCCGUGGAACCGGAUGCGUGCGCCUCGUCACCGGAAGUACAGUCAACUCUGCUGGAUUUUGUAAUCGCGUUCAAGCGCCAUCUGCGCGAGCAGUACGGGCGGAUUCAGGCGUUGACUGGCCGUUGUGAUUUUUUGCACUCGCUUAAGGCGACCAUUUCGUGCGACAAGUCGAUUGCCGUGUUUGGGCGAAUCGUGGCUCGGAAAUAUUUCAUGGACAAUUUAGAUGCGUUGGCCGGGACGGGACUAGACGGGGAUGAAACGUAUCAAGAGGACCGUAUUUUUUACGAGUGUUUAAAGGAACUACAGUCUGGCAACGUCGGAUUGGGGGGAUUGUUUUAAAUUAAGCAAGUGUUGUUAAUGUUCAGCAACAAA